AUGAAUGAAGAAGAAGCUCUUGAGCUCUUCAGUUGGCAUGCCUUUCAAAAUUAUUCUCCUAAGGAAGACUAUAUCGAACUCUCAAGAAGAGUGGUUACUUACUGUGGAGGUUUACCGCUGGCUCUUGAAGUUUUAGGGUCUUUCCUCUUUGGAAGGAGCAUAGGAGAUUGGAAUAGCACACUGAAGAAAUUGGAAAAAUUUCCUGAUGACAAAAUUCAGUCAAAGCUCCGAAUAAGCUUUGAUGCACUUGAGGAGUGGCAGAGGCACAUAUUCCUCCACAUAUGUCGUUUCUUCAUUGGAAUGGACAAAAACCAUGUCAUAAAAAUACUGGAAGGCUGUGGUCUUGCUGCAGGUGUAGCCAUUAGUGUCCUCUCUGAACGCUGCCUCGUAACUGUUAAUGAAAAAGACAAGGUAAUGAUGCAUGAUUUGCUUCGAGACAUGGGCAGAGAAAUUGUUCGUCAAGAAUCCCCGAACCACCCUGAAAGACGUAGUAGAUUGUGGCGUGAGGAAGAUGUAAUAGAUGUUUUGAGAUAUGAAUCUGGAACUGAAGAGACUGAAGGACUCGCUCUAAAUUUGCAAAGAUCUGGCAGCAUGACUUUCAGUACAGAAGCAUUUAGAAACAUGAGGGAACUGAAAUUGCUCCAACUCAAGAAUGUACUACUCUCUGGAGCAGUCAACAAGCUUCCCAAAAAGUUAAGAUGGCUCUGCUUGCGAGGAUCCUCUGAUUUCUCUCUGAUCACUGAAGAUAAGUUUCUGGAUGCAAUUUACCUGGUUUCUAUGGACCUGCGGUACAACCGUCCCGCACAAUAUUGGGAGUAUUUCAGGCGGCUUGGUCCUCUUUGGGCAUUGCAAAAGAUUGACAGGUCCAUUGGACUUCUUUCUCAACUUGCCUUGCUAAAUCUUAAAGGCUGCACUAAGCUCAAGGACCUUCCGGAGGAUUUUUAUAUGUUGCGUUCUGUUAGGACUCUUGUUCUUUCUGGCUGUUCGAAAUUUGAGAAAUUAAGCAAGCAUAUAGGAAAAAUGGAUUCUUUGAGAACUCUUGUUAUAAGUGGCACAGCCAUAAGUGAAGUACCAUCCUCUAUAGAUAAGAUGAGGAACCUGGACUUUUCAUCUCGACAAGGCCUGAAGGGACUAAAACGAUUUACCCAGGAUGAGAUAUCAGGACCUAGCCAGGACGAGACAUCAGGACCUAGCGAGGAUGAGACAUCAGGACCUAGCGAGGAUGAGAGACUUGCUUUUGCUUGGCAAUUAACUAGGCCUUUUUUAAGAGCCAUGGGGCUGGGGGCCUAG